CUUCCAUCAAGCAAUAUUCCAAAUCUCUCGCAUAGCAGACUACGCCAGAGCAAGAAUCUACAACCCAUCUCUUUUUCACAGCUCUCGUACUCUGUUUAAAUCUAAUCUGAAAAGAUUGAAAAAACAAAUACCGAAGAUUAUACAGUGACUGCCAAGAAAAUCGGAAUGAGGAAUCAUUUCUUGUUCAAAUCUUCACCUCCAUCUAAAACAAUCCCACCUCCUUCACCCUCCCGCACUACUUUCUCUGAAUCGCUAAUGAAUGAAAACAUGGAAAUAGCAGAGUCCCUUAUUAUAAAGUGGAGCACGGACGCUUCCUCUUACGUCAAAAUCGCCUCCCUUUUCCACGACGACCGUACUGAAUCCAAACAGUUCCUACACUCCGUCAGAGACCUGCAGUCCGCCAUGAAAUAUUUUGUUACCCAAAACGCGGCUUCCGAAAAGCUUGUCAGGGCCCAGACCUUGAUGCAAAUGGCUAUGAAGAGGUUGGAGAAGGAGUUCUAUCAGAUUUUGUCCGCCAAUCGGGCGCGCCUGGAUCCCGAAUCGGUUUCGGCCCGCUCCUCUAGAUCCUCGGCGGCGAGGUCUAGCGUUUCCGACCUGGAGGAUGAUGAGUCGGAGGACGAGUUUCGUGCCGUUGGCGAGUCGGUAUCUGAGGUGGAGCGAGCUUCGAUGAUUGCGAUGGCGGACUUAAAAGCUAUUGCAGACUGUAUGAUAGCUUCUGGUUAUGGGAAAGAGUGCGUGAAAAUCUACAAAAUAAUACGUAAAUCUAUCAUCGAUGAGGCUUUGUAUCAUCUCGGGGUUGAGCGGCUGUCUCUCUCGAAAGUGCUGAAGAUCGAUUGGGAGGUUUUGGAGCUGAAGAUCAAGAAGUGGUUGAACGCUGUGAAAAUGGCCGUGAAAACUCUCUUUUAUGGAGAGAGGGUUCUGUGUGACAGCGUGUUUUCGGCUUCGGAAUCGAUCAGAGAAUCGUGCUUCGCUGACAUUUCCAGAGAGAGCGCGAUGAGCUUGUUUGAGUUCCCGGAAAUCGUAGCAAAGAGCAAGAAAUCCCCCGAGAAAAUGUUUCGUAUGUUGGACAUGUACGAAGCUAUCUCUGAUUCCUGGCCAGAGAUCGAAUCUAUUUUUUCGUAUGAAUCGACCUCAGUCGUUCGAUCACAGGCAGUUUCUUCUCUGGUCAAGCUCGGUGAGGCGGUGCGCACGAUGCUAACGGACUUCGAAACCGCCAUCCAAAAGGACCCGUCGAAGAGUCCCGUCCCCGGAGGUGGGGUUCACCCGCUCACACGCUACGUGAUGAACUACAUCUCCUUCCUAGCCGAUUACAGCGGCGUCCUCGCCGACAUCGUCACCGACUGGCCUUUAACAUUGCAUUCACCGUUACCAGAAUCCUGCUUCGACAGCCUAGAGUCCGACGAUAGUCUGAUUUCCACUCGAAUUGCGUGGUUGAUCCUCAUCCUCCUCUGUAAACUCGACGGCAAAACUGAGCUCUACAAGGAUGCGGCACUCUCGUACCUGUUCUUAGCCAACAACCUCCAAUACGUCGUCGGCAAGGUGCGCACGUCGAACCUGAAACUCCUCCUCGGCGAGGAUUGGGUGACGAAGCACGAAUCAAAGGUGAAACAGUACGCAUCCAACUACGAGCGGAUGGGCUGGAACAAGGUAUUCUCUUCGUUGCCCGAAAAUCCGACGGCUGAGAUUUCACUGGAGCAAGCGAGGGAUUGUUUAAAGAAAUUCAAUUUGGCGUUUGACGAGGCGUAUAGGAAACAGAGUGCAUGGAUUAUUACGGACCCGAAACUCCGGGACGAAAUCAAAAUAUCGGUGGCGAAGAAGCUUAGAUCGGCGUACCAGGAGUUUUACAACGAGUAUCGGGGCAAGUUGAGGUUCGGAUCUGGAUCUUUGGUCAGAUAUACCCCAGAUGAUUUAGGGAAUUACUUGUCGGAUCUGUUCUAUGCGACCGGAAGUGCAGGGAGUGUUUCGUCAUCUUCUUCGUCUUCCCACUCUCGUGGUGGGCAAAGCCAUUGAGAUUUUUGGGCUCGUGUUUUUUGUGCAUAAAAAACAAAAGAAAACUCAAAGUGAAAAUAAUUUUGUACACGUAUAUAGAGAUUGAUACAUCUGAUCUGGAUCAGCAACAAUACAGAUACUACAAAAUUCUUUGAUUUUUAA